AUGAACGCAGCUCCAUUAACACUACUUUGUGGAUCAAUCGCAGUGGCAGCAAUUUAUCUGUUCCUAACUACGAGAAAGCCCGGCGUAAGAAAAAAGGUGAAAAAAGGAAACGUUCCUGGGCUUCUCAAUCUCGGAAACACUUGCUACAUCAAUGCUCUUUUACAAGGAAUGGCUAGUCUGCCGUCUUUUUCUCAAUGGCUAAAAAAUAUCAAAGAAGUCGAAGUUGAAGAUGAAAAUUGUUUUUUGACCGAAUUGCGAAACACGGUGAUUGCGCUGAAUGAUGCUGAAGAAAUCACUGUGUCGGCGGCCCCAAUUGCUUCUUCUCUAGCAGGACACAAGUGGAACAUUGUGUUGGGAGUUGAGCAAGAUUUACAUGAAUUACUGAACGUUUUUGUAACGACUUGGGAGGAAGAAUUAACGCGUUUGAGGAGUAAACGUUUGUACGGCCCUGGGUUGUUAAAUCUUCAGUCUAAUCAAGAUGCCCAAAUUGACGACACAAUGGUUGGUUCAGAUAGUCUGAUGCCGACAAGGACACGUUUGAUGUUAAAACGAUGUCUUGAAGCCUCAAAUUUGGAUUCAAAAAUUCGCUCUCCUUGCAUUGGCCUUGUUUCAACACAGCUUCAAUGUUGUCAAACGGGAUGCUUGUUUAAGAAAGUACGACAAGAUCGUUUCAGUGUGAUUUCAUUGAGUGUCCCAAAAGCCUUUCAUGGAAACAGAAUCACGAUCGAGUCAUUGUUACGCAAGUUUUUCUGCAUUGAGGUUAUUCGAGGUGCCACCUGUGAUCAAUGUAAAGUGAAAAACGGACGCCUCGACAGUGGUCUUAUUAAAAAACAAGGAAUUUGUAUGCUACCGCAAGUGUUUAUGAUACGAAUCGAACGUGUCGGGGUGCUCCCCUCGGGAAAUGUAUUCAAAUUACAAGAACAUGUCGAUUUUGCUGAGAUACUUGACAUGCGCGACUUUUGCUUCUACUCAAACAAAGAGGAGGAGUACGAAAAAUCUAUUAAGAGGCAUGAAAACGAAAGACAUCUGUUGGAGAAUUUGAACAGAAUUGUGGGGGGUGCUGAGGUUCAACAGAAAGCCAAACCAUGGCGAAUAAAUCAUGAUAAUGGACUCGGUCGUAAUUACUCACUGAUUGAUGGCGGCUCAUUUAUUUCGGAAAGAAAAGAGUUGGUAAAAUAUGGAUACCAAUUACGAGCCGUGAGUGAACACAUGGGUGUUCCUGAAACUGGACAUUUUGUCACUUAUCGUCGAGGCAUUGGCGAAAAUCAACGUAGGUGGUUUUUGACGAAUGACACUCAGGUGACGGAGGUUCCAUUUCAACGAGUCACUUCUGCUCAAGCAUACAUGCUCUACUAUGAAAGGAUACAAUCCAAUCGUUGGUACUCAGAUCGUGAUCCUUUGCUAACAUCUCAAAUACGGGAAAAUGUUUCGGAA